CUCCACUUUUUUACUUUAAACCCUUUCUUUCUUUCUUUUUUUCCUUUUUCCUUUUUUCUUUUCCUUAUUAUCUGUUAUAUAUAAUGCCUCCACCAGCAAAUUCAACUCUUGGCGAACGUGUAUCUCAAUUAAUACAGUCUUUACAAUUCUCUUGGUUUGUUGGUCAUGUAUUGACUUUGAUUGGUACAUUUGUCUAUGCUCUUUCGUAUAUCACAUUCCGCGCUAAUGUCAAGCCAUACAAGAUUGCCUACUUGGGUGCCUUAGUAUCUUAUGGUGUGGUCAUCUAUAAAACUCACGGAAUCCCUAGAAUUAAUUCUGCUUAUGUUCAACGUAUGGUGGUUGAUGAAAAUGUUCAAUACUUUCUUUUGGCUUUGUACUGGUUCUUCUCUAGUCCUGUUGAAGUCACCUUGAUUCCAUUCGCUACUUUCUCUACUUUCCACUCUCUUGGUUAUAUUCGCACUAAUAUCAUCCCUACCGUGUUCCCUGUACCUCGACAAGCUUCUGGUUCAAAUACACCUGCUACGUGGCAAGCCAAGACCCAACAAGCUAUCAAAUCAUGGACUGACAAAAAUUAUGGAUAUGCUAUGCGAUUUGUGGCCACAGCAGAAGUUACCAUUAUUAUGCCUCGAUUAGUGUUGGGAUUAUUUAGACUUAGACUUGUGCCUGUAUUUUUGUAUGCUCAGUUUUUACGUUUCCGAUUCCAUUUAUCCAGUUAUACUCGUCAAGCUUUCGCCGAGCUUCGUACAAAUAUGGAUCGAGCUUUACUUCCUCCAACAGCUAGUGCUCAUAUUCCUCCCAUGGUCAGUCAAUUGUAUACAACCGCCAAAGCAAUGGUAAUCAAAUAUGGUGAAUCCGCCGUUCAAAGACAACCUGCCCCUGGUCAGCAAUAGAUAGUGUUCUUUUUUUUUUUUAUGAUAGUUUCUUUAUUUUUUCUUUUUUUCUUUUUUUGCGAUAUUUGACGUAUUUUGCUCUUAUCAUGAUACAAUAAAGAAUCUAUCCUUUUUUUUUUAAGCUCAACCUGAUUUCUAU